CUCUCUUUCUCUUCCCCGUCUUGUGGCUCGCCGGCGGUUUGCAUUUCAUAACCUACCUCUCCCCCCGAUUUCUCAUAGCCGACUAUCUUUUCGUUUCUCACUUGUUUUCUCCUUAUCAAACUUUUCUCCCUCGAAUCGUCGGCGAAGUCGGGAUGAAGUCAAUCGAAGCACGCACGCAUGCAUGCCUUGGCCAACCUAUUCCUGCCAGGGACGUUUGCCGGAUGAUGGCGCACACACCCCCUACGCCACGCCCCUACUGCAGGUAGACGAGUGUUACGUGAGAUCCCGGCAGCAACCCAGAAACCUGGCUGGUGUGCACCCGUAGCGAGCGACUGCUGGCCCCUAGGUGUGAGAAAGUGUACAGGUAGUGCGCGCUGGUUUCGGUAGGCUGGUCCUGCCUGCUUGAUGACUACAGCGAUCCAUGGGCCAGUGCAAUGUGUCUGCCAAUGGGAGACGGCCUCGUUCCAUUGAGCCGACGUCCGAGGAUUCAGUGUCAGAUGGCCGAGACGGGCUUGGGCACAACUGCAACGCCGUAACCGUACCAGAUGGUAAGGGUCCACAAAAGGAGCAUCUGCGAGAUUGAUUCAGCGUCAAACACAAAAUCUAGCGUUUGUCAAUCCCAGCUGUCGGUACAGAGCAUGCGCGCUACGCAGCUCGAAAUGAUGCGUGGGUCCGCCACGUCUGCAGUUUCGGAACGCAAGUACCUCUUACGGUUGAGAUUUAUCCGUGAGGUACCUGAAGGCUGACCGCGAGUACCACGAUGGCGGCCGGCCGGAUGAGAAAGAAAAUUUUGUUCCCGGCCAAGCAACGGCUAGCGCAAGUCUUCUUGGAGAAGAAACGCCGAAGCACACCGUGACACCGUUGGUGCUCACCAUUUGCUCUGACUGCCGUAAACCGUUGUCUCUCGGUGCAUGCCUGAGGCUAUAGAGCCUCAAAAAUGACGCAUUACUGUAGUCUAUGUUCCUGUCAGCAGGGGCAGGUCUCGAAGUCAAUGGUUGAGACAGAGCUCCUUUUGCUUCUGAUCCAUGUGUCCGAUUCUGACAUUCGAGUCUGGUGAUGGGUUCCACGAAAAUAAGCAACCGACGGAUGACUACCUCGACGGUGUCAGUUGAUGAAUUCGGCGAGCUACGAAGACCAGUUGGCAUCAAUUGAUUGAUUGAUUGAUCGCACUGCAUGGUGACAAGGGUACGUCCGAGGCAAUGUUGAGCUGGAAAUGGAGACGAUGAUUGGAGAGGAGAGGCUUCCUUUCUUCUAGUUCACGUCGUACCUACCAGCCUACCUUACUUACCCUUUGCGUCUCUUCCCUCGGCGUGUCCCUUCCUCAUUGUUCCGGGCCCAAGCUCCUCCUUUCCUAUUUUCUCUUUCCCAAUUUCUUUCUCCGGCGGGUUCUCCCAUGAUUCCUUUCUUCCCUUCCAUGUCUCUUGCCGUUCCAGGCGCACUCUGACCGCUGCUGGCAUGUCGUCGCCUUAGGCUCAUGCUUAUUCCGUGGUGGCUGCAUCAUCAACCGAAACACCCGACAGCCGCCCAGCCUCGAUGAGCGGGCAGGAACGGAAUUGACUGAGACGCCACAUGCCUAAAAGGGUUCGCAACACUGCAAAGUGCAACCACACCGCAUCUGCCACAUUGGCACACACGCCAACUCCCGGAAGCAACCACGGAAAUAAGCACCGAGCGCGACAAGGAGCUGCAGGCGAUCCCGAAAAAGGAGAACAGUGGCAGUGGCAGUCACUGGAGGGAAAAGAAAGAAAACCAACCCUUCCGGAAAUGGAUUGUCCGAAUGUUGGCACGUUGGAAGGGCUCCCAGCAAUUCGAUCCGACAUCCCUUGCAGAGCCCAGGCCGUGUCCUCCCAGCCAUUUGGAUCCCACCGAGACAGAGUCAGCGAUCACCGACAUUGUGACAAACCUAGCUGUUUGCUGGACAACACGGACACGGAGAGCAGAAGCUCACCUCGCAUAUUUGGCGGUUCCUCAAAUUGGUCGGCCCUCCUUCCAGUUCAACCCCAAGGCACCGUCGCAUCACCCAACAGUCACCUUUGCGGCUGUCAACGCCCGAACCCAAUAAACAUACAGACGGCUUACGCGUCCCGUUCGUCCCGUCCGAGGCGAAAACAUGGAGAAAGAGGAAUAAAAGUUUUUGUCAUCUCGGUUGGCGUCAACGACGGUCCAGAGCUCUUCGCCUGGCCCAAGCUCCUUUCCCGAAUAGAGUCUCGGCCCUAUCACCGCGACGCCCCCGACUCCCUUUCGCGCUUUGGCGUCCGUUAACCUCCCGAUAACUUCCGCUGCACUACACUCUCUUCAUUCCACCGCCAUCGAACACCAUAUCACGAACCUAGGGCAUCAAAACGUCUUGUUAUAGGGCAGUCCAAAGACUCCUAUCCCCCACAGCUGCAUGCCGCUCCUCUGGUCAUGUCUCCAACGAACAACAUCUUCACCGAGAACAGGGUCGGCGCCGUGUCUUCACAUCACUAACCAUAUCAACAAGGUCAAUGUGGGACAGUCUUCCAUAUGCCUUGGUGAGUAAACCCAUUCACGUGCAACAGCUCAUCUGCUCGAAAAUCGCCACAGCCCAAAUCCCGGCCG